ACUUCAUAUACUUCUAAAGCAUUUUGUUUUUUAAGGAGAUGCACUCCCAACAUACACUCCCAUGGAUUAAACUCAGGACUUUCUAUGUGUUAGGGAAGCACUAAGCUAGGUCCCCGACACUCCUUUUUAAAAAGCAUCUUUUUGAAAUAGUCUCAAAAAGUUCUUGGCUAGCCUAGUGCUUGCUAUGUUGGCCAGGCUGGCCUCAAACUAGAGUAAUCCUGCCUCAGCCUCAGUAGUCCUAGGGUUACAGCCAUGUGCCACCAAUCAUCGCCAGGCUGCCCAUCCCUCCUCUUAUGUGAGUGUCUCCAUAAACUGCCUAGAUUACUAUUAGCUUGUAAUGUAAUGACAGUAGAUAGAUGGUGUGUUUUAGUUUUUUGGGUAAUUUAAAUGAAUUUAGAAGUAAUUGUGGUUCCUGUGGUCCCAGCAGAGUGGUUAACAGCGUUUUUCCUGUCUCCACACCUGGCAUCUGCGUCCACUAAGGAGCAAGAGAGGCAGCUGGAGCAUCUUUAAGAUGCAGACUGGCUUCAGAAUCUGAAAGCCAGGAAUCAGCAUUUUUGGUGCUCAUCCAUGCCAAGUGGCAGGUAUGGAACUGCAGGACACCCCGUCGUCUCAGCAGCAGGUUCCCCCGGGCUGCCGGGUUCUUUCAGGAUCUGGGUCACUUCAGCUGCAGGUUCACCUCAGACAAAUUCCGCUCUCCACAACUUCAGCACUGUGACAGAUUCCCCUGGGCAGUAGAUUCGUCUCACGCACAGCAGGUAGCUCUGCGCCCCAGGUUCCCUUCGGUGGCGCAUGGUCCACACUAGCAGAUUCCCAUCAGCACCCGGUUCGCUUGAGCCGCACGCGGGCUGUCCCCAGCCACAGGCUUGCCUCAGCUGCAGGUCCUCGGCCCGAUUCCCCUCAACAGCAGAUUCGCCUCGGUCCGAGGUCUCCUGAGUCCCUCCUCUUCCUGGCUCCGCCCGGCUCGGGCGUGCGUGGCCGUGGCGUGGCGCGUGCGGCGAGGCUCAUGGCUGCCGGGCCGCAGUCUUCCGGGGCCGCCGUGUCGGCAGCCGCUUACCCCGACUCACCGGUGGAGCUCCCCGCUCGCCUGCACGCCGGCGCGAUGCGGCGCCGCUUCUGGGGCGUGUUCAACUGCCUGUGCGCCGGCGGGUUCGGGGCCCUGGCCGCCGCCGCCGCCAAGCUGGCCUUCGGCAGCCAGGUGAAUAUUGGCUUAUGUGUCUUAGGCAUUAUUGCCAUGGCAAGCACCAAUUCUCUGAUGUGGACCUUCUUUAGCCGGGGCCUCAGUUUCUCUAUGUCUUCAGCCAUUGCAUCUGUCACAGUGACUUUUUCGAAUAUACUCAGUUCGGAACUUCCCACCCACCUGGAAGGCAAGCAAGCAGCAGUGACACCAGUUGGUGGAUAGACCACGGUAAAGAUGACCAUCAUGACACCAGUUGGUGGAUAGACCACGGUAAAGAUGACCAUCAUGACACCAUUUGGUGGAUAGACCACGGUAAAGAUGACCAUCAUGACACCAUUUGGUGGAUAGACCACGGUAAAGAUGUCCAUCACGACACCAUUUGGUGAAUAGACCACUGUAAAGAUGGCCAUCAUGACACCUUUUGGUGGAUAGACCACUGUAAAGAUGGCCAUCAUGACACCUUUUGGUGGAUAGACUACUGUAAAGAUGGCCAUCAUGCCCAGCCAUGGAUUGACAAGUAGGACUGCUUCCGGGGUGACCCAGGAGUGCAGCCUUUGACUGUCAGCCACAAGGAGAUGCCAGACCAACCACAGGCCUCUGACCACCUCGCAGCCUGGAGGGUUGAAGCAUUAGCUCCUGUAAGAGGAAGACAACCACCACAGCAUGAGGACCAAGUCCUUCAGCGUUGGUCCAGUGCUUUGAUUCUUGUGCUCCAGGGCUACCUCAGUGAGUCUUGGAGGACUCUGUGAUCUUGCCCAGCAACAUGGCAAGUACCUGAGAAAUGUUGUGAUUAUGAUCCUCCUACUUGACCAUGACCCUUCAUUUACCCCAGAGUCGGCAGCUGGGGAGCUUCCUAAAGAAAAAAAUACAUGUGAUGUGUCAGAUAGUCUGUCACACCCAUGAAUCCAUAGCAAAAGAAGGACAUUUGGGCUAAUAAAUACUUAUUUGUAAGUUAAA